AUGAGGGUCAUAAAUUUUAUCGCUGGUAUUUGUUUGGCAAUCUCCUCCCUUGUGAACGGAGAUGCGCCACCACCCGAGUUUCCGCUGAUUCGGGAAAUAAACGCGGCAUCUCCUUACCAAUGCGCCCCUGGACAGAGCAUGAACAUCACCUUCUUCUCAAAUACCCUCCGACUGGACCUCCCCCGUGUGCAAUUCGGUACUACAGGCCACGGCAGGACAGACGAAUACGCCAGUUGCCAAUUUACUGUAGAAUUCAGCUCCUGGUGGUACAAAUACCGUUUCGCGAUCCGAGAGGUAACGUAUCGAGGACAUCUUAACGCGACCGAUGGCGUCCAGCUAUACCAGUUGGAAUCCAAUGUGGUUUUCAGGUACGAGAAUCACAAGAUCAACCCUGGGAGAGCACCACCUGAGGUCUGGAACGUAUCUAUGUCUACCAUGUUUGACAACACCUCCAAGACAGCUAUCGGGGGCGUCGGGAAUUUCGACGAGGACUUCGAAGCAAGCGGCAACAGUUCCGCGAAUCUAGAGUGGUCGACGUGUAUGAACGGCGGCGAGGGUUCGGGCGACGUUAAGACGAAGCUUUCGUUUAAUAUUGGCGCAACUACAAGCGACAAGAGCGGUAAAGGCACCGGCCAUCUAACCCGCGGUCUGACGUUGGACUUCGGACUUGUCUGGGAAGAAUGCAUUCCUAACCCGAAUGAGGCCAGCGCGUGGGGACAGACGCGGAUCGACGACUGGUCGACUUGCACGUAUAACACGAAUAGCAAUACAUCGCGGACUACAUCGCGGGCGCUGCGCCGGGGACCAGGUGUGUCUUUCUAA